AUGCCCUGGAGCUACACAGCCUCCGGAUGGUCGGUUGUCCGGAUCAAGGCUCAGGUAGCCUGGCUCGAGGGCAUUGCUCCAGAAGAUCAAGUCGUGCUCGUGGCAGACGGGCCCCUAGAGGAUGAGGCUGUCCCAAGCUGGGGUCCAUGGUUCCCUGGCCUGGGCUGGGAAAGGAAGAGGUCAGACUCCCAGGGUGGUCAAACAGGAGAAAAGAAGAGCGUCCAGGCCAAGAGGCGAAUGCAGCACAGCCAGCGCUUUGUCAAUGUGGUGCCCACCUUUGGCGAGAAGAAAGGCCCCAAUGCCAACUCUUAA